AUGGCUCAAGACACCAGGCAUUGCUGGUCCCCUGAGUGGGCCUGUCAAAUAUGUCUGCUGGGAGAGGCAUACACUGAGGUGAUCACAAUUCGCCAGGAUGCCAUCUCCCAACUCCAUGUGAAUGAUCAAGUGAUGAUGACCUUCUCAAUGCUCACCCAACACCUGGAGCAAGCAGUGAACACAUGCUGGGGCAAGCAUGCCAAGGCAAACAAAGGCAAGGGGGUGAUCUGGAAGUACAAAUGGGCUAUUGCUCGCCCUUCCUGGGUCUCCUGCAAUGCAGCAUUCCCUUGUGCAAGUUUCUGGCUCAACAAUGAACUUGUUGUCGAGCCAGAGCCAAAGGAAUUCAAAAAGGAAGAAGCUAUGAGGUGGGGCAAGUCAGUGGCACAGAAGGCAUAUGAGACAGAGUGGUCAGAUUGGGUGACGGAAUCCUGGAGGAAUGUGAGGGAGGACAUGAAGGUAGGGAUGCACUUGGCCUACAUGUCAGUGCUGCUGUUCAAAGACUCUCCAGAACAGCUGGGAUGA